ACUUUCUUCGGUCGUCCCGAAUCCGGGUUCAUCUGACACCAGCCGCCUCCACCAUGCUGCCUAAGUUCGACCCCAACAAGAUCAAAGUCGUGUACCUGAGGUGCACCAGUGGGGAAGUCGGUGCCACAUCUGCCCUGGCCCCCAAGAUCGGCCCCCUGGGUCUGUCUCCAAAAAAGGUUGGUGAUGACAUCACCACGGCAACUGGUGAUUGGAAGGAUCUGAGGAUUACAGUGAAACCGACCAUUCAGAACAUACAGGCCCAGAUUGAGGUGGUACCUUCUGCCGCUGCCCUGAUCAUCAAAGCCCUCAAGGAACUGCCAAGAGACAGAAGGAAGCAGAAAAACAUUAAGCACAGCGGAAACAUCAUUUUUGAUGUGAUUGUCAACAUUACCCAAGAGAUGUGA